AAUGCAAUGAGCGUACAUUUGAAUAACAAAAUAUUCACAUCGAAAGGGAAAACUGUUAGGUGCCAUGUUUUUAUACCAGGUGAAAAUUAGAGCCAUGAGGACCCAGUAGAAUUUGUGUGGACGUUUCUAACCGACGCUAUUUUAUCUCCCCCCGUUUCUUUCACGGUCUGGGCACCCCCUCUGUUUAGUGGCACGAUACAUUCACAGAUAACCAAGCGCACCGCUCCACGUGAGUUUAGACGUUGCACGAAUUUUGAUAUUCAACACGCAGGAACGUUUUAUUAUUAUUUUUCAUACGAAGGACAUCGAUAUGCAUUCCAACCGUACUGGUAUUGUUGUGUGUUGACGUGCGUGUCCUAAACAUCGAAGAUAAAUAUUUUCUCUAUUUAUUUAUUUAUAUAUUGCGGACUUAAACCUAUCGACUACUUGAUAAUACACCUGUGUGUGAAUCCAUCGGACAUCGAUACAGUGAGGUAAUCAUUUAUCGUCAGUUGCUGAAUCUGAAAAGUCUUAAUAAUAUUUUUUUUGUGUGGAAGUAAAAUGCGACAGACAGAUAUGGCAACAUCAAGUUUGAACACAGAAACGACCAUUGCCCUUAGUCAAUCUAUGGACUCUGUCAACACCAACCCAGAAGAAGAGGUCCGUACCCUGUUUGUCAGUGGGCUGCCGAUGGAUGCCAAGCCCAGGGAACUCUACCUCCUGUUUAGAGCUUACAAGGGAUAUGAAAAUGCUUUAUUAAAGGUGAUGGGAAAACCGGGCAAAAAUAAUAGUGGAUACGAGGGGUCUCUGUUAAAAGUCACAAAUAAAAAUGGCAAAAAUACUUCCCCAGUAGGAUUUGUGACAUUUAGUUCUAGGAGCGCAGCAGAGGCAGCAAAACAAGAUUUGCAGGGAGUUAGAUUUGAUCCUGAUCUACCACAGACUUUAAGGUUGGAGUUUGCAAAGAGCAACACUAAAGUCACAAAGCCUAAACAGCAAAGUCCACAGCCAGCUGCCACGCAUCCUACACUAAUCCACCCAAUCACAGGGCAGGAACUUAGUGCGGCCUUCUUCCCAGGAGCCACUGAGACCUGGGCACCACAUCCUCUGGCGGCGUAUCCAGAACUAGCGGCUCCCACUGCGGCUCUCCACCACCACGCGGCGCUCAUCCAGCACCCGGCUUUGGCUCAAGUCCCGGAAUGGACAUUUCACACCCUCCCUCAGGAAUGGAUUCCUCACCUUCAGAUUCACCAUCCCACGGUGGUAGGCCCCCCACAAGCUGUGUCUGCUGCCCUGCCUCACCCUCCUAUAGCGGCCACGCCCAUUUUAACUAGUCCUCUCAGCACUAGUGUCAGCACAGCAGGCACGCUGCAGGUACAGACCACCUCACAGAGCCCGGGGGUGUCUGCUGCGGCUCACACCAGCAACUCGCCGUGCUCCACACUGUUUGUGGCCAACCUCGGACAGUUUUCCUCCGAGCAGGAACUCAAAGACCUCUUCAACAGUUUCCAGGGUUUCAGCCGGCUAAGAAUGCAUAACAAAGGGGGAUCGCCAGUUGCUUUUGUAGAAUUUCAGGAUGUGAGACAGGCGUCAGAGGCCAUGGGACGGCUUCAGGGAUUUGUCCUUCUUUCCUCAGAUCGAGGCGGUAUUCGCAUCGAAUAUGCUAAAAAUAAAAUGGGCGAGGUGGGAAAGAAGGAGGAAACUCUAAGCCAGUCCCCAGGGGCCGCCACAACGAUUUUCUCAUGAAUAUUCAAAUGGUUGUGUUUCCAUAAGAAUGAUUCUUUUUCUCUUGUCUGCAUCUCUUGAGGUGACUCAUCUGUGAUUGUGACGAUGGAGGAAAUGAACAUUAAAUCGAGUUCUUUUUUCAUCCUAUGAUUCGUAUCAAACGUUUUUUCAUCUUAUUUAUAUUUGACGAAGGAUUUUCUUUUGGGUUUUUUUUCUUCCCGUUAUUAUAUGAGAUAUUAUAUACAUAAAAGUAUAUUAUAUGUUGCCCUCAUUGUAGAUAAUUCAUGUUACUUAAUGUUUAUAUUGUAGUUGAGAUUGAUAUUAUCUAAUAUGUAUGCAUAAAUUGAUGGAAUGAUUGUGAUUGGCUCAUGGAGUCAUCUGACAUCGAGGUCAUAUAUUGCGAUGUGAAUGAGAUAUUAUGCUAAUAAUACUUGUCUUGUUUGGAAACCAACACAAAAAACAAUAUUUCGAAGAUGAUUUGUUAUGAAAUUCAGAAAGGUCAUUUUUGAAAACCUCCGUGUCAGUAAUGGGCAUUCAUGUGGUAGAAUUUGUUUUUGAAGGCGUCAGUUGACCUUUGACCUCUGUCGAAAUUUUUACCCCUCUUGUGGGAGAAUGUCAGAUUGUGAUGUGUAAUUUUUUUUGCUGUGGUGAAGAGUUAUUUAUUAUAGCCAUUUACAUAUGUCUGUUUCCCAGGGAAUUCUAAAAAUUGGUUUUUUUUUCAUUCAUGUUUCCCCUUUUUUCUGUAAGAUGAAAUGAACAAACAAUUUAACCAUCUCAUCUUCUGAUCGCAGAAGUGGGUUGGGGUUUGAUUUGCGUAUAUAAUUAUCCUGUUGUACUGAAUUAUAAUAUGUGACAAGGAACAAGAAAUGAUAAUGAAUCAAGAUUUACUCAACUUUUUGCAUAUCCUCAGGAGUUAUUAUGCAAAUAGUAAGAUACAUUUUCGAUGAAACAAGUGAGUUUAAAAGUGGAAAUAGCUUCUAAAAAAGUGAUUUCAGUUUUGAUACAACAACAUGGAAGUAGAUAUAAGAUAUUUUCUAUGUAUGGAAAUUAUUGAAUUUAUAAGAAAUGAAUAUUGCAAAACUUUAACUCAGAUGAAGAGAACAACACGAGUCCGUGUCCGUCCAAAUGAAGACAUGCGUUGUGAUAAGGUUGUCUUUUUAUCGGCACAAGCACACAGAAAUUUCAACAAGCCUUUGUGUUAAUAUUUUAGUGCUUCAUAAUUGUUUUUCAUCCCUUUUACAACCUUUUUUUAUGUUCUCCCCUACUGAGUGUUAAACAUAUCUGAGGAAAAUUUUAAUCACAUAAGUACCACAUUCACUAAUUUUAAAUGGUUGUUAAUCGAAUUAUAAUGACUGUGUUCGAAUGUAUUGAUCUCAGAGGAUGUUGAGGCUACCUUUCAUGGACUUGUAGAAAGAAUGGUAUUAAGCACUUGGCCAUGUCUAUUUGUACGAGGGCAUAUCUGAAUUCUGUAUGCGUUUUGGCGGAAGCAUCGGAUGGUAUUCCACGAAGGCAAUAUUAUAUAUACUGCUAGUCUGCACUAACGCACUUGUUAAGAAGAAUAAACAAAAACAUCUGUUUGUGUUAAAACUUUUAUUGUUUACAAAGUUUAGUACUUGUACAAACUUAAUGAAAUCAUUUUGAAAACAGAAAUACAAACGUUUUACGUCACAGCCCCCUUGACAGGGAUAUUUAUUUUCCAUUAUCAUAUCUUGACCCUCUUAGUUUAAGGUUUCAUUCACCAACGAUAUUGUACAGAUUGAACAUUCCAUUCAAGCCGAUUUUUCCUAUACACCAUGACACUUCACUUCCAGAUAGAUGAUUUUUCCCUUAUUUUUUUCUCUUUCCCUCCUGUUUUUACUUCACCUGACUGUUACGUCAUAGAUUUAUUACGUCACUGUACACAAUUGAGGAUAUGUUUGAUUCAUAUCUUCCUGGCGAUAUGACGACACUUCUUUAGUUAACUUGAUGAUUGAAAAUAGAAUCUAUUGCUUAUUUCUAUGUUAGAUAUAUUGUAAUUUAUUGUAAUGUAGAUUACUUAUAAUUUGUAGGGUAGGUUAUGAAAUGAUGUACAUCUUUUGCAAAAGUCAACAAAUAUGCAAAUGUUUCUAUUAAUGUCGUUGAUUUGUAAUAGUGCUGUAGAGGACUUGAUGAAUGACGUUUGGGAGAUUAUAUAUGUGUUGAUUGGUUGUAUCGUUAAACGUGUUGACCGUUAGGAUCACUUGUUACAAAAUGAAUAUAUAUGCUUAUUAUUAAUUUUAUAUAAUGCUUAUAUAAGUUUUAAUUGUCUGUCUCAUAUGAAUGUGUUACAAGGAAAUCCAGUGAUUAAUCAUUGAGAAUUGUGAUUGACCAAUCAAAUGAAAUAGCCAAUUUGAUUGACCAAUCUGAUGGAAAGCUUAAAGACAUGACUAAUUUGAUUGACCAAUCAAAUUGAGCGUUACUAAUAUGGCUAAAUCUACUUUAUGCAUAAUGAUACCACAGUGGAUGAGGUUAUUUCUUUUGACACAGGGUAUUGAAAAGAGCUACAAAAUAUUCCGAAAAAAAGUAUCAACGAUCUAAUUGUGACAUAAUAUCAAAUUUUAAUUGAUUAAAUCUAUGGUCUAAUACUCAUCAUGCCUUUGUAAAACCAUCUGGUUUUGCAAGUCGCAUUUUCUGUUUACGAACAUUGCAAUACAUUAAGAGUAAAUUCGGAAGAUCGAAAUUGUGGUAAAAAAAAAUAGUACAUGAUCAAACAUGCAUGCCUUCGUAGUAUAUAUAUAUACUAUGCAGUAGUUGAGUUAUUUGUAUGGAUAACUAGAAAACACUCUGUAAGUUUCAAGAUGUGUCAAUGAAUUUAUGAGAAAACAGGGUAGCCAUUUUUGAUUUCAUUUUUGGACAAUCUUUAACAAAUGGUAACACUAUUUAGUGUCGGUGUAAGCAAUUGUUGAAUUCAUACCAUUUGUCCUUAAAAGUGUAUAGAUGUUGAAUCCAAGAUUGACUUUUGUAGAGUAUUUUAAAUCGACCCGUGUAUUGUGGAGUUCAUAGUCGUCUCUGUGAUAAAGCUAAAAAAUUACCGAGACUGUAGAAAUUAUUUAGAAAUCGUGUAUUUUCAAUCAAAGAUUAUUUUCUAAUCCAAUUAUUAUUCAACCCAUGGUGUGGAGAAUAACUUAAAUAGCACGAGGAUAGGUUUUUAAGAGUCUAAACUUUGUGUCGAAAUAUAUUUUGAAUCAAAUGUCCAUAGAGGGUUUCCAAAAAUGCUGUUUGAUUGCAAAACUACACUAUGUAAGUUGAAAUUAUGCAAGACAACUUCCCCAAAUUCUCAGCUUUUUGUAUUUUACAUCGUUACUGUGUAGCAAGAGGAUCAAGUUGUCGUCACUAGAUGUAGUCCGUUGUAUCAUUUUGUUAUACGUCAUCGGGUAGAGGGAUUUUUGUGUAAGAUUUUUUUUAUGUCUGCAGGACGUUAAAAAUAAUGAAGGAAAAAAAAUGUCGCAAUGUUUCAUUCUGACAUUUUUGGUGAUAAAUUAAGAGUUUUAAAACGUCGGAUGAAAUUUUUUGUUGUUUUACAAUUUUGGUCAAUCAUCCCGCAAUACAGUUCUGUUUCAGAAGGUUGGUAGAACAAAUACGACUUCUUUAUUUAAAUCACAAUAUGCUGUGCAAUGACUUUUUUUGCUCAAUACUGACCCUUAUUUAAUUUGAUAAAUGAAAUAUUGCAAUGUGGGGGUGAUGUACCAUUUUAUUGUAUCUUUAAUAGUUAUUUGGUAGAUAAACGACAGGGCAUUGUAAUGCCAUAUUUACAUCGAAAUAAUCUUGUUUUUCUCCUCUCCAUAAUGUUUUUGAUUUCCCACAUUGCAACUGACCGGAACUAAGUAUUGAUAGUGUUACGCCAUAGAUGUACAUCGUAGUUUUGGGUCACGUGACUCUGUUAUGUAAAUUAUAUCAUACAUGUCUUUUACAUGGAAUAAACGACCAAUGUCA